UUAACAUCACUUAAAUAUUUGACAUUUACUAUGAUGAACUAAAAUCAAUAAAACAGUAAAUAAAAUGCCUAUAUAAGUCAAACUUUUUAAACAUGGACUCAUUUUUUUAAAUUAAAAACAUCUAUUCGUCUAUUCGUUUCAUAACAAAAAUGAAUAUAUCAUACUUGCUACUUUUUUUAUCAAUUGCUGCAGUAUCACAAGGAGAUGUCCUGGAAAAUGAAUUGGAUUAUCUCAGUGAUUAUGGUUAUUACAAAAAAAACAACAAAGACCUAGGUUCAAUGUCAGGCAAAAAAGAAGUUCAAAAUUCGAUCGAAAGUUUUCAAAAAUUUUUAGGAUUACCUGUCACAGGAGUGAUAGAUAAAACUACAAAGGAAAUAAUGAAAAAACCUCGAUGUGGAUUAAAAGAUAUUCUUGAUGAUAAGGUUACUAGAAAAAGGAGGUUUACUCUUCAUGGAACCAAGUGGAGAAAAAAUAACAUUACGUGGAAACUUUUAAACGAUAAUAAUGAUGGGUUAUCACGCAAAGAGGUGGAAACUUUACUUGAAAAAGCCUUUCAGAAGUGGGAGGCUAUUGCAGACUUAACGUUUAACAAACUCAGUUUUACAAGUAAAGAACAAGCAGAUAUAGAUAUUAAAUUUGUACAAGGUGAUCAUGGUGAUGCUUUUUCGUUUCGACUUUUUCGUUAUGAUUUGGCUCAUGCAUUUUACCCUUUAAACAAUCAAGGCAUUUCUGGUGAUGUUCAUUUCAACGACAUUUUUAACUUUAAUGUUAAAGAAAAAAAUGGUGUUAACUUAUUUUGGGCUGCUAUUCACGAGAUUGGACACAGUUUAGGGUUACACCAUUCAAGUUUCCAAGGUUCUCUUAUGUACCCUACUUAUCUAGGAAAUAAAGAGCAAAAUAUCCAGCUACAUGAAGACGAUAUCUUAGGAAUACAGAGUAUGUAUGGAUCAAAACGAAAACCUAUAUUACCCUCAAAAAAAACAGCAAACACAAACAAUACACAAGUCACACAAAGUAAAACACAUUUAACAACUUCAAAGAAUCAUAUCAAAGUUCAAGCUAUCAUCUUAGACCAAUUAACUGGAAUUACUUAUGUAUUCAACGAAGAUAAGUAUUACAAGCUAAGCAUAAAUUUAAACGAAACGUAUGGACCUUUUAAUGUUUCUGAAUUAUUAACAAAGAUCACUUACGUUAAUGGAGGGUUCAUAAAUCGUGAAAAAAAAUUGGUCUUUUUUCAGGGAACCAAAUAUUAUAUGUUUGACAGUUUUGCAAAUAGAAACUUUAUUGAAAGUGGUUCCGUAUUUGACUUGUUUAAAGGAAUUAAAAAAAAUGUUGAAAAAAUUGAUGGGGCAUUUGUUGCAGGUAAUGGAACUACUUAUCUAUUUUCUGGUAAUGAUUACUAUCAAUAUAGUUCCAAACAAAAAACAAUUGAAUCAUCGUCACCCAAGAAAAUAGCUGAAUACUGGAAAGUGCCUACAAAUAUUGACUCCGUUUUUGUUUGGCGUAAUGGAGGCAUCUACUUUUUUAAAGGUUUGCAAUUUUAUCGAGUUAAUCAAAAUGGUGGUUUAAUGAAAGGUUAUCCAAAAAAUAUUGAUGACGAGUGGUUCAAAAUUCCAAAGAACAUGUGAUGCAUUAAUUAAUGUAAUUAAUUGUAAUUACCAUUCUUGUUUAAAAAUAAUAGUUAGAAAAAUGUUAUUUAAAUAGAA